AUGACCAUGGCUCUGCCUCCCCCACCCCAAGAAGUCAAUGAACGGCCACGGAAAAGCACCCGGGACCCACGUGACCUUGGCACCGCCCCGAACCAGCGAGAUGACUCGGCCUCCGGGCGGCGCAGACCCACGAGCGAGCGGGGGCACUUCCUGUCUACCCCUUGCUGGGACAACGUGGGCCGUGGGUUCAAGUACCGGCGCGGAGCCGAGGGCGCUGACCCCUCUCCCCCGGGGCUGUCAGAAGGAGGUGUCAGUGGCGCCUCCCCCCGCGUGGGUUUCCCUCUGGCCCCCCACCACACGUGGGUGACCUGUGGGGGCGGGGCACCAGCGGGGCCUCCCCCCGUGGGUCUUCUCUCCUUUCUAAGUGAUGAGGACAAGACAGGGAAUGGAGAGACAGCAUUGAAGCAUGAAAUUGUAGACAGCAGUGAUUGGCUUUUCCAAGCAGAGGACAAACCAGACGUGCUUAGUGAACAUGGAAAUUCUUUUAUCCGGAGUGAAGAGAUGACUUUGAAACAGAGAAUCCUAGAUCAUAACAACCAGCUCUUCCUCCACACAGAGGAAAAACCAAGCCUGCUUAACAAAUAUGAAGACUUUUUCAGCAGUCAGAAUUCAGCCUUAGUUGGAUUUAAUGUAUUCCAAACUAAUGAGGCACCGUAUGACUGUCAGAAGUGUGGAGAACGCUUUGUUACCGUGUCCCACCUUACUCAGCACCAGAGCAUUCACACUGGACCAGGGCGCUACGUGUGUUAUGAGUGUGGGAAAAGUUUUACCCGAAGCUAUCACCUCAUCCGGCAUCAGGUUGUUCAUACUGGAGAGAGACCCUUUUCGUGUAAAGAGUGUGGGAAAACUUUCAAGAGAAAAUCAACCCUCAUUGAGCACCAGAGAAUUCACACUGGAGAGAAACCUUAUAGAUGUAACAAAUGUGGUAGAGCCUUCAGUCAAAGCCAGAAUCUCCUGGAGCAUCAGAAAGUACACACUGUUGAAAAACCUUACAAAUGUGAUGACUGUGGGAAGGCUUUUAGUACCAGCUCCAGCCUCCUUCAGCAUCAGCUCAUCCACACAGGAGAAAAACCCUACAAAUGUGGUGAAUGUGGGAAAGCCUUCAGAAAUAGCUCAAGCCUGCUUCGGCAUCAGUUCAUUCACACAGGAGAAGAGCUUUACAAAUGUGAUGAAUGUGGGAAAACUUUGAGUAAUCGCUCAAGCCUUUUCCAGCAUCUAAAAAUUCAUUCUGGAGAGAAACCCUAUCAUUGUAAUGAAUGUGGGAAAGGCUUCAUUCGUAACUCAUACCUCAUUGAACAUCAGAGAAUUCACACAGGAGAGAAACCUUAUGCAUGUAAGGAGUGUGGAAAGACUUUCCGACGUUCCUGGUACCUCACAGAGCAUCAGAGAAGCCAUGCCCCAGAGAGAGCAUAUAGAUGCGCCGAGUGUGGGAAAGCCUUUAGAGACAGCUCGUGUCACUUCCAUCAUCAAAAACUACACAUGGGAGAAAAACCCUUUGGUUGUAAUGAGUGUGGUAUGGCUUUCGGGCGCAAGUCACGGCUUCUGGACCAUCAGAGAAUCCACACUGGAGAAAAACCCUACGAAUGUGAAAAAUGUAUGAAGAGUUUUAGCCACCGUUCACAACUCCUUGAGCACAUGAGAACUCAUACUGGAGAGAAGCCUUAUGAGUGCAAUAAAUGUGGGAAGUCAUUUACUAGGAAUUCUGGCUUUAUACGUCAUCAGAAAAUCCACACUGGGGAAAGGCCCUAUGAAUGUAACCAAUGUGGCAAAUGUUUUAGCAAUAGUUCAUUUCUUAUUGAGCAUGAAAGAAUCCAUACUACAGAGAAACCUUACAAAUGUGAUGAAUGUGGGAAAGCUUUCUGUAAGAAAUCAUACCUCACUGGACAUCAGAUCACUCACACCAAAGAGAAACCCUAUGAGUGUCGUGAAUGUGGGAAAUCCUAUAAUCGGCGUUUCCGUCUUAUUGAGCACCAGAGAAUUCACACUGGAGAGAAACCCUAUGAAUGUGGAGAAUGUGGGCGAUCAUUUAGUCGAAGUGCACUUCUUAUUGGACAUCAGAUAAUUCACACCAAAGAGAAGCCCUAUGUAUGUAAUCAAUGUGGGAAAGCUUUUAGUCUGAGAAAACAUCUUGUUCAACAUCAGAGCAUCCAUAAUGAUGAGAAACCUUAUGAAUGCAACGAAUGUGGAAAAGCCUUUAGGCACAAAUCUACAUUUCGUGAUCAUCAGAAAGUUCACACUGGCGAUAAACCCUGUAAAUGUAAUGAGUGUGGGAAAUCCUUCAAUCGGACCUUUCAUCUGAUUGAACACCAGCGGACUCAUACUAAAGAGAAACCCUAUGAAUGUAAUGAAUGUGGGAAGUGUUUCAGUCGAAGCUCAGUCUUUACUCAGCACCAGAAAAUUCAUAGUGAAGAUCAUAAACCUUUUGAAUGUAAUGAGUGUGGAAAAUCUUUCACUCGAAAUUCAGUCUUUAUUAAACACCAGAAAAUUCACACGAAAGAGAACAAACCUAAUGAAUGUGGGAAAUCCUUCAGUCAAAACUCAAUCUAUAUUCAACAGCAGGAAAUAUAUCCUAAAGAGAAUCUAGAUUAAUGAAGAGGUUUUUGUUGGGAUGUCACAGCUUUUUCAGAAUUGAAUAUUACACUUGGGGAGAGGUGGUGAUGGUGAGGAAAGCCUUUGUCAGACCUCAAGCUUUUUUUAGCACAAAUGGGUUUACCAGGAAGCAAACCAGGGAUUCUGAUGGAUAGAAACUUAAAUUAUAAUUAAAUUUAUCCAAGACUGCUGUC